CGAGAGAACACGGGCGUGACGGUCCUCCUCUCGCUCGCACUACGUCAACCCGCUCACGCAUACUCUACGAACCCUGGGUCGUCCUGCCAUUGAAGCAACCAGGAAGACGCCGGGACCUGAGCCAGCUUACCAUAUAGGGGGAGAUUACUCUGGCAGGACCGUGCACACCUCUCGCACUUACAGCUCCAGAUCCAGCAGUGACACCUUUCUCGCGCGUCCAUUGAACUCGGUUUCGGACACCGACUCCAUCCACGAAACCCAUCGUCUAAGGUCGAGUGAUCGUACCCAUACACUGAAAAAUAUGCUGUCAGCAGAGACGUUCCCUGGCGACGGCGUCCGAGAUACAUUUCAUGGUGGUCAUCAAGAUUUGCAAGAUGACUUGAUCAAGGAAAAAAACGAGCUUCUAACGCAAGCCAACGCCGACUGGUCCACGCUGCUCGAGACCGUCAAAACACAGCAAAAGUUCCUGCAAACCCUCGUCGAGCAGCUGUCCAAAGCGGAAGAGGAGCGCGUCAAGCGGACCAAGAUCCUGUCCCGACAGCAGCAAAAGGACGCGCAGAAGCAGACUGAGCGGGUCAGGAAACUGGAGGAGACUUUGCAUGUCCAGCUGAAAGAGAAGGAUGAGCUCAUAUCGGCGCUUACGGACGAGCUGCGGUCUGAACGGAGCGUGAUUGAUGAGCUGCGGAAGAAGAGUGAAGGGCGUGGACACAAUCACCAUCACCACCAGCACAGCGACGAAGAAGUCACGAAUGGCGGUGGCCUCACGAAAGCCGAAGCGUCGGUGUUAGCCUACCAAGUCACAUCGCUGAAAUCGCAGCUGUCGAACGCGGAGGAGAUGUGCGUGGAGUACCAACAGGAGGUGCAGGAAGUGCGCACCGCGAUGGAGAAGGCGCAGGACCAGCUGAGAACGACCCGGAAGGAGAACUCGGCGCUCGUGCAGACGUGUGAAGCGUUGAGGAUGGAGGUGGAGCGGUUGAGCCGUUUGGGUUCCGCGUCAUCAUCCAACAAGGAAAAUACUGCUGCUAAGGAAUACGUUGCAACUAGUGGACAGAGCUCCACCAUCAACGGCACAACGCCCUCAAAAAAGAACAACCGACGGGCGCACAACAACAGCAGUAGCACCGAGUCGCCGUCUCAGUCUCCGCGCGGAACCAUCUCCCACCGCACCGCGUCGUCAAACCCGCAAUCCUUCCGAAACGGAAGCGGCACGAUCAACGCCAACAACAAAUCCUUCUCGCAGAUCUCUCCACAGGGAACCGUUAACGCGGCCACGAUGCACACCCUAAGAGACAGCGGUGGCGGUGCUGCUGCUCAUGCAACGAAAGGCUACGGCAACCCCACAUCGCCUUCGCACACGGCCACGCAAGAGAAAGCCGGCACCGACCGCAAAAUAGACGCCAAAACCCAACGCAAACUCUACGCCACCAUCCGCGUCUCGGGCACCAAGGGCGGCCGAGGCGGCAAGGUCCGUCCCGCCGUGCCGUGGGCCACCGAUGCCGUCGUAGAACCGUCUCCGCCACCAACAACAACGACACGAGCAACGAUGAUGGGGAUACCCCCGGAACAGCCGACCUUCAUCCGCCACGAGACGGAGCGGUACACGCGCGAGCUGGAUGCGGUUGGACGGCAGAUUGAUCGGUUGGCGGAUGAGUUUGAGCGCGGGCUCUGACGCAACUUUGUGGACUGGAAGCUUUCUUUCCCGCCCCCCUCGGGUCAAA